GGAGCCGCCGGCUCUCCCGUGUCCGCCGCCGCUGCUGUCCCCCGCGCCCGCCACUUCCGGGGCCGCAGUCCCGGGCAGGGAGCCUCUAGUGUGAGGCCCCUCCGGCCCCGGGACGCCUUGCCCAGCCCGGCCGCCACUCCGCGCCGGCCCCGAGCCCGGUCUGUGUCCUACGCCGCCUGCAGCUGGAAUGGAGGCUUUCUGGACCCUCUAGAAGGCAUGUCUCUGGGCUCUGGAAGUACAGAAGGAACAGAACAGAUGUAGGCCUGCCCCCCUGGAGCUGACAUCCCAGUGAAGAGUGCUCGCUCACCUGGAGCUGGGGUGCUCAGCCUCAGCUCCCAGAUCAUUCUUUGCGGUGGGGAGUGGAGGCCCCCCCACCCUCCUGAGGUCAGCCGAGUGGUUAAUGCGGAAGGUUAAGAAGCUCCGCCUGGACCACGAGAACACAGAAGGCUGGAGAAGCUUCUCGCUGAAUUCUGAGGGGACAGAGAGGAUGGCCACCGGGGCACCGGUGUCUGACCGGGGUGACGCGGUCGAGAUGGAGGACCCGGCAUCCCGCUUCCAGGUGCAGAAGCACUCGUGGGACGGGCUCCGGAACAUCAUCCACGGCAGCCGCAAGAACUCGGGCCUGAUUGUCAACAAGGCUCCACACGACUUCCAGUUCGUGCAGAAGACGGACGAGUCGAGCCCCCACUCCCACCGCCUCUACUACCUAGGGAUGCCCUAUGGCAGCCGCGAGAACUCCCUCCUCUACUCGGAGAUUCCCAGGAAGGUCCGGAAGGAGGCCCUGCUGCUCCUGUCCUGGAAGCAGAUGCUGGAUCACUUCCAGGCCACUCCCCACCAUGGCGUCUACUCUCGGGAGGAGGAGCUCCUUCGGGAGCGGAAGCGCUUGGGGGUCUUCGGCAUCACCUCCUACGACUUCCACAGUGAGAGCGGCCUCUUCCUCUUCCAGGCCAGCAAUAGCCUUUUCCACUGUCGGGACGGGGGCAAGAAUGGCUUCAUGGUGUCUCCCAUGAAGCCCCUGGAAAUCAAGACCCAGUGCACCGGGCCCCGGAUGGACCCCAAGAUCUGCCCUGCCGACCCCGCCUUCUUCUCCUUCAUCAACAGCAAUGACCUGUGGGUGGCCAACAUCGAGACAGGCGAGGAGCGGCGGCUGACCUUCUGCCACAGAGGUUCACCCAGUGUCCUCGAUGACCCCAGGUCUGCAGGCGUGGCCACCUUCGUCAUCCAGGAAGAGUUCGACCGCUUCACUGGCUACUGGUGGUGCCCCGCGGCCUCCUGGGAGGGUUCAGAAGGCUACAAGACACUACGGAUCCUGUACGAGGAAGUUGAUGAAUCCGAGGUGGAAAUCAUCCAUGUGCCCUCUCCCGCACUAGAAGAAAGGAAGACAGACUCCUAUCGAUACCCCAGGACAGGCAGCAAGAAUCCCAAGAUCGCCUUGAAGCUGGCCGAGUUUCAGACUGAUAGUCAGGGCAAGAUCGUGGCGACACAAGAGAAGGAGCUGGUGCAGCCCUUCAGCGCGCUCUUCCCCAAGGUGGAGUACAUCGCCAGGGCCGGGUGGACCCGGGACGGCAAGUACGCCUGGGCUAUGUUUCUGGAUCGGCCCCAGCAGCGGCUCCAGCUCGUCCUGCUACCCCCAGCCCUGUUCAUCCCCACUACCGAGAAUGAGGAGGAGCGGAUGGCCUUCGCCAGAGCAGUGCCCAGGAAUGUCCAGCCACAUGUCGUGUAUGAGGAAGUCACCGAUGUGUGGAUCAACGUUCAUGAUAUCUUCUAUCCGUUCCCCCAGUCAGAGGGAGAGGAUGAGCUCUGCUUCAUCCGUGCCAACGAGUGCAAGACUGGCUUCUGCCACUUGUACAAAGUCACCGCCAUCUUAAAGCCCAGUGGCUACGACUGGAGUGAGCCUCUCAGCCCUGGGGAAGAUGAAUUUAAAUGCCCCAUCAAGGAGGAGAUCGCGCUGACUAGCGGUGAAUGGGAGGUUUUGGCAAGGCACGGCUCCAAGAUCUGGGUCAACGAGGAGACGAAGCUGGUGUACUUCCAAGGUACAAAGGACACGCCCCUGGAGCACCACCUCUAUGUGGUCAGCUAUGAGUCGGCGGGCGAGAUCGUGCGCCUUACCACACCCGGCUUCUCCCACAGCUGCUCCAUGAGCCAGAACUUCGACAUGUUCAUCAGCCACUACAGCAGCGUGGGCACCCCACCCUGCGUGCACGUCUAUAAGCUGAGCGGCCCCGAUGAUGACCCUCUGCACAAGCAGCCCCACUUCUGGGCCAGCAUGAUGGAGGCGGCCAGCUGCCCCCCGGAUUACGUGCCCCCGGAAAUCUUCCAUUUCCACACGCGGUCAGACGUGCGGCUCUACGGCAUGAUCUACAAGCCCCACGCUGUGCAGCCAGGGAAGAAGCACCCCACUGUCCUCUUUGUGUAUGGAGGCCCCCAGGUGCAGCUGGUGAAUAACUCCUUCAAAGGAAUCAAGUAUUUGCGGCUCAACACACUGGCAUCCCUGGGCUACGCCGUGGUCGUGAUCGAUGGCAGGGGCUCGUGUCAGCGAGGGCUUCGGUUCGAAGGGGCCCUGAAAAACCAAAUGGGCCAGGUGGAGAUCGAGGACCAGGUGGAGGGCUUGCAGUUUGUGGCCGAGAAGUACAGUUUCAUCGACCUGAGCCGAGUUGCCAUCCAUGGGUGGUCGUACGGAGGCUUCCUCUCGCUCAUGGGGCUGAUCCAUAAGCCCCAAGUGUUCAAGGUGGCCAUCGCGGGCGCCCCGGUCACCGUCUGGAUGGCUUAUGACACAGGGUACACCGAGCGCUACAUGGAUGUCCCAGAGAACAACCAGCUUGGCUACGAGGCGGGUUCUGUAGCUCUGCACGUGGAGAAGCUGCCCAAUGAGCCCAACCGCCUGCUCAUCCUGCAUGGCUUCCUGGAUGAGAACGUGCACUUUUUCCACACAAACUUCCUCGUCUCCCAGCUGAUCCGAGCCGGAAAACCUUACCAGCUCCAGAUCUACCCUAACGAGAGACACAGUAUCCGCUGCCCGGAGUCCGGCGAGCACUAUGAAGUCACGCUGCUGCACUUUCUACAGGAAUACCUCUGAGCCCCCGCCGCCCGGGGCCUGCACAUUCAGAGCACAAGUGGCUUCACCGCCGCCGCCGCCGCCGCCGCCACUGGAGGGAGCAGGCGGGAGGGCCCGAGUGGCCCCCGCAGACCCCGCGCGGCGCCUCCUCCCACCGCCCCCGCUGGACAGCCCCCCUCCGCCUGGAGCCUCAGCCUUCGCUGCCCCCACGACUUUCUCCUUUUUGUAAUGCUCCUGGGUUUUUUGCCGCUGCUUCUCGGUUGCCAGGACGGAGAGAUGAGGCCCACAUCCAAGAAGCACUUCCUCAAGCCAUCCCCACCCCUCAACGUUGCCCGGGAGCUGGAGCCUCAACUCCACCGGGAACCCAAACCGGGCGGGGCCCGGCCUCCUCCCCGCCCUGCCGCACACCGGCCGCACAGAAGCAUGCGUUUGCCUUUCCUUCCAGACCCGCCCACUUCAUAGUGUGUUUUGUUUGGGGGGCCGUUUUUGAUGAUUAUUUAAAAGACAAAGCAAAGGGUGCCUAAACCUAGAAUGGGGUCCGCCGCCGGGCCGCGGAGUUCUACCCAGUCAGCACCCGCGCGGGGGUGGGUAGACGGGGCUUCUUCCAAGCCCGGGCACGGGGGUGGUGCGCAGCGGGCGGGGAGCCUCCCGCCCUCCCCGGAGCUCUCAGGCCGGCUCUGAAGCAAGCGCGCGGCCCCGCUCUCCGCCCGCGCACACCCGGGGCUCCAGCCUUGGGAGCGGACCCUUCCCCGCCUCAGGGUUAUCCUUACUUCUUCCUUUUCCUCCCUGCCAAGUGUUCUGCCAGGGGCGGGCAAGAAGAAAAAAGAAGCAAAAACAAACAAAAAACACCCCACCAGAAACGAACCACCUCUACAUAUUAUGGAAAGAAAAUAUUUUUGUCGAUUCUUAUUCUUUUAUAAUUAUGUGUGUAAGAAGUGGACUCAGUAAACGAUUCCAGAUUGGAAGCGCA